UGCCAAUUGGAUAGUACAUAAAUAUUAAAUACAGGAAACUAAAUUAAAUAAAGUUCAUUAAUUUUAAAAACAGUUGAUUGCUCCUUAAAGUUAUAGUGUAUAUGAAUAAAUUUGUGUUCCUGUGCCUAAAAAUUUACAGUAUGGGUAAUUUUGGUGGAGAUAUAGAUCUCAGUGAUGUUUUUGAAGAUGAUACAUUUAGUACUACCUCCCUAUUGGAGAAUUUUGAAAACACCACUUUCAAAGAUUAUUCUUUGUCCGAUGACAUCAAAGGAAAUGUUAAUAAAUCAAGUAAUAACAAUGACUUGAAUGUAAGUGCAUUAUGUUGUGAUGAAGAAAUCAGUGGGUAUGACAAAAUAACAGGGAGAACAUGGAUCUAUCCUACCAAUUAUCCAGUUCGAGAUUACCAAUUCAAUAUCAUAAAAGCUUCAAUAUUGAAAAAUACACUUGUAAGUCUUCCAACUGGUCUUGGAAAGACAUUUAUAGCUGCAGUUAUUAUGUAUAACUUUUACCGCUGGUAUCCUCUUGGGAAAAUUGUAUUUACUGCACCUACUCGCCCCCUUGUUGCUCAACAGAUUGAUGCUUGUUAUAACAUCAUUGCCAUACCUCCAAAAGACACUAUUGAAAUGACUGGCCACAUGCAAGUGAAUACACGAAAAGCUCACUGGAUGACGAAAAGAGUAUUUUUUGCAACACCCCAAGUUAUUUAUAAUGAUAUCAAAUCUGGUAUAUGUCCUGGCGAUCAGAUACGUUGUCUGGUUAUAGACGAGGCGCAUAGAGCUCGUGGUAACUACGCUUACUGCCAGAUUGUGUCCACUUUGACUGAUAUGGGACAUAAGACUUAUAGAAUUUUAGCUCUGUCAGCUACUCCGGGUAGCAAAGUUGAGGAUGUCAUAACUGUAGUUAAUAAUCUACACAUAGCUCAUUUGGAAUUACGUACAGAGAACUGUAUAGAUGUCGCACCAUACAGUCAUUCUAGAAAGAUUAGUACUGUGAUAGUACAGUUAGGUCCGGAACUCACACAGUUGAGACAACAAUAUGUUGAUAUUCUUGAUGGAUAUGCGAGAAGAUUAAAACAAUUAAAUAUUCUGCAACAAAAUGUUGGCAAUUUAUCAAAAGGUCGCAUCGUAAUGUUGUACAAAGAGUACCAGUGUAAAGAAAGAGGCGCGAGACAUCCACAACACAACUACAUAAUGAAAGAUUUUACCAUACUAAUAGCUCUUUACCAUGGUUUGGAAUUACUGGUGAAGCAUGGUUCUCGUGUCUUCCUCAACUUCUUUGAUGAACAUCCGGAGAAAUCUUGGAUACAAUCAGAUGACCGCCUGACAGCGUUACUUGAAAGACUGCGUGAUGACCUGGGCAUCAAUCCAUUGUCACUGGAUCGAAGUUUGUUACCUGAUGGUACCAUACCUGAGAUGCCGAAAGAUUUAUGUUUUGGUCAUCCAAAAUUUUAUAAGCUAAAAGAUAUAAUGCUGGAACAUUUUCAAAGAGCAAAGCGAGAGGGGAAAGACACGAAGGCAAUAGUGUUUUGCGAGUACCGCGAGAGCGUGAGCCUGGUGCACUGCCUGCUGCUGCAGUGCCGGCCUCUCAUACUGCCGCAGAUGUUCGUCGGACAGGGCGCUGCAGGUAAGGAUGGUAAGGCGAUGGUGUCUCAGAAGCAGCAGCUGCGAGCAAUGCGCGGCUUCAGGUCCGGCGAGAGCAACGUGCUGGUGGCCACCUGCGUGGCGGAGGAGGGUCUGGAUGUGGGCAGUGUCGACCUCAUACUCUGCUUUGAUAUCUCCACACGCUCGCCAAUACGACUCGUGCAAAGAUGUGGUCGCACAGGUCGCGAGCGCGGCGGACAAGUGUUCAUAUUGGUUACUGAAGGAAGGGAGCAUCAGACGUUAUUGGAUUGUAUGCGUCAAAGAGAUGGACUAAAUAAGAAAAUUUUACAAUCGAAAGAAGUGGAAAACAAUCUGUACAAGUUGAACCCACGUAUGAUACCGCACGGGUUUACUCCGGACUGUCAGAAGAUGUACAUCACAGUUGCACACAAACUGGAUACAAAAGAUAAAGCCAAGAAUACGGGAAAAAAUAAAAAGGGUCAAAAAGAUUUAAGAAAUAUGCUUUUUGGAAGACAAUCUACAACUACUUCUAAUUCAAUUGAAAAUGAAAAUUCUUUAAUAACAGAAGCUGAAUUCCAAGAUUUAUUUCCAUCUGGUUUUUCUUACCAAGAUUACAAACAUAAACCAACAGAACUGUGGUGUUUAAAAAGAGAAUCAUUUUUUACAAAUGAAAAGUCAAAAGAAAGUGACAGAGUGACGCCGAAGUUAGAAUGUCAGAGAUGUUUACAAGAAACUGUCAAAAUUGGUCACUCGAGAGACACGGAGGCAUUUGUAGAACUUUUACAAUACUGUGACGCUAAGAAGUCUCAACUAACAACAACUCAAUAUCCAGCAUUCUCAUUAGAUUUCAAAACACAAAAGCAACAGACCCCGUCAAAAGAUAAAAAUAUAAAAAGAAAAACCAAAAAAACACCUACAAAAUCACCAAAUAAAAAAGAUGGCGACAUCAGAGCAUUGUUCAGUGGAUCUACUAAAUCAACAACAAAUUAUACAAAGUUAUUAAAAGAUUUAGGUCUACAAGAUGCUAACAUGCCUAUGAAUCUGAUCAAUUUACUUAUUGAUCUUAAUUUAGAGAAUAAAAAUAUUAUAAAGAAAUGUCAUAUUUGUCUCAACAUAUGUAAUUGUUCCAUAUUCAAAGAUAUGAGAAAAACUAGAAAAAGAUCUAAGAAAAUAUUAGAUCUUGCAAAUUUAAAGUUACCGGAACCGAAACUAUUAGAACUAGUCAAUACAGAUACGAUUUUGAAAUAUAAAAAAUCUGAAACAGUUAGUCAAAACAAUAACAAUCAAGAAAAUAUAGAUGUACAAAAUUGUACAGAUUUUUUAAAUGAUACACUCACGGAAAGUAUUUUUGAAAACAAAAAUAAUAAAACGGAAGAGAAUUUUGAUAUUGGUAAUAUAGAAGAUAUUUUUGCUGACAGUAGUCCUGAAAUAAUUGAAGAAAUUAAUAAACAGGACAUUAAUAUAACUGAAAUACAAUCAAAUAAUCCAAAAGAAACUUUAGAAUUCUUCGGAUUGGAUAGUAUAGAAGACAUAUUCGCUGAUUAUGAUGAAAAUAGUUCAGAGAAAUUGCAACAAGAUGAUAAAAAAGUUGAUAAUGAACAAAGAUUGUCUCCUAUAUUACAAUCCAUCCAUACAACAAGUCCAUCAAUAUUAUCUGGACAACAGGAACAAAGACCAACAUCACCAAUAUUAUGUAGUCAAUUUCUUAAUAAUCAAUUAAAUACAAAGAAAAUAACACGAGAUAAUUCUACUCCUAUUUAUAAAAAACUUAAAAAAAAUACCGAUGAUUCCUUUAUUGAUGCAAGCAAUCAUGAAGAUAUAACUCCAAAUUAUUUAUCAAAUAAUACCAAUAAAACUAUGUUUACUGUAACACAAUUGGUUGAAUUGAUUAACAAAACUGAUUGUAAUUUAUCCAAAUCAACAAAUUCAAAUAAUAAAAAUGAAUCGAACAGAAAUAAAAGAAAUUCAUCACCAAUAUUGUUAACACAAGCAGAUAAAAGUAUGUUAUCUAAAAUCACCGCAGAUGUCAAGAAAAUAAAUGGUCCAAAUUCAAAUAAAACACAAUCUCUAAUAAUACUAGAUAGCGAUAGUGAAUCAGACGAUUCACAAAAAUAUAUAAAAGAAAUUGAACAAAAUGAUACAAUUAAAACGGAUGUAAAUUUAUUAGAAACUGAUUCUAUAAGUUCAUCACCAUAUUUUAAUAAGAAACCAAAAUCAGACAAACCCGCAGUAAGUCAACUAACGUUACAAGAAAAAGUACUAGCUGCAUUAACAUCGAAUAAAAUGAAUUUCCCCAAACCAAAUAAUUGCAGCAACAUAUAUUGUGCCGUAUCAUUUCCUUCUCCGGGGAAAGAAAAUGUCAGGAUAUUUUCACCUAAAAAGAAUAUUAGUGAUGAUGAAAAAGACGAAAAAGAAUGUAAAAUGAAUGGUAUAGAAGAGUUACAAAAGUUUAGACACGAUGCCAAAAAUUCUAAAGUCAACUUAAACAACAGUCAUAAUUCAAGACUAAGUUCUAAAAGAAAACUAACAUUUAGUGACAGUGAUGAUGAUUUUGUACAUCCAGUCGAAUAUAUUCAUAAAUCAAAUAGCAACAAAUUAAAUACAACUAGCUCUAUAACAAAUCAUAAAGCUCGCAAAAAGAAAAGAAGAAAGAAUGAGUUUUUGGAUGAAGAAGCAGAGUUAUCAGACAGUAGACAGGACAGCGGAGAUGAACUAACAGACGAUAGUGUUGGAAGUAUUAUUGAUUUCAUUUGCGACGAAACUACGACGCAGAAUGACGCAGACGUACAUGCCUUUUAUCUUAAGUCACUCAAGAGUCCAGUGAAGCCGGGUACAUUUAAAAUACCACAAUUACCUAAACAAUAUGAUAGAGCUGAAAUAUUAUCACAAUUUGACGAAGAACAAGAUGCAUACGAAGCGGACAGUUUUUGUGUCAGUUCACAAGUUGGAUUAACGCAAACCACAGUGGAAACGGAAUUAGAAAUAGCGGAGAGACUCUUAGAAGAAAGAAGGAGAAAGAAGAGAAAUGGCUUCCGAAAGAAACCGGUAAAAAAGACAAAGAUUGAGGCAGAUAGCACAGAUAGUCCUGUUAUUAAGAGGAAAAAUAAAAAUGUUAGACGAAUACAAAGCGAUUCUGAUGAUAGCAGCUAACCUAUUAAACAAACAUAAUCAUGAGUUCACAUAAACAUUUGCGUUAAACAUAUUGUUGUCUCUUUCUAUCUCUCAGUAAAAAA